AUGUCGUGGCAACCAUCUCAGGACUCGCUGAGGCAGCUCGCUGCAUGCCUCAGAGACUCCCUGAGCGGCUUCGAUAAGAAUGCUCAGAAACAAGCCGAAGUGAUGCUGCAGCAAGCAAAGAGCUCCCCCGACGUUAAUAAUUAUCUUGCAUAUCUCUUCUCGAGCGCCCACCCACCAGAUGGGUUGCAAUGCAGCGAAUCUGACUACCACCUCGUGCGAUCGGCUGCGGGAAUCAUGCUGAAGAAUAAUGUCAAAUCGGAGUGGAAGAGCAUACCGGAGGAGAGUCUUAACUUCGUCAAGAUGGCUGUUCCGAUGGCCCUGCAAGAUAAGAACCCUCAAGUUCGCAACUAUGCUGGAAACAUUGCGACAGAAGUCAUUAGGAGAGGGGGCCUCCUGAGUUGGCCUGAUUUGCUACCCCAGCUGAUGGAUAUGGUCGGAAACACUAGCGGCCAUGUUGCCAACGAAGCUCAGGAGGGAGCCAUGUCAGCCAUGACUAAAAUAUGCGAGGAUAAUCCUCGUGUUUUUUUAAGAGAAGUCAAUGGACAGCGUCCAUUGAACUUUGUGCUCCCCCAGCUCAUUGCUGCCACCAAGAGCCCGCUUCCCAAGGUCCGCGCCGGAGCUUUGACUGCCAUAAAUGUCUUCACACCUCGAGCUUCCCAGGCCAUGGUCAACUCCAUCGACGAGCUCCUACAACACCUAUUCGUUCUUUCCAGCGACACUAGCCCCGACGUUAGACGACAAGUUUGCCGCGCCUUUGUUCACCUUGUUGAAAGGCGGCCAGACAAGCUGCAACCCCAUAUCGGCGGCUUGGUGGACUACAUCAUUUCGCAGCAAAAGGGAGAUGACGAAGAUCUUGCUUGUGAAGCUGCCGAAUUCUGGCUUGCUGUGGGAGAGCAUGACGAUUUGUGGCAAGGCCUACAACCAUAUCUUCACAAAAUCAUCCCUGUCCUCUUGCAAUGUAUGGUUUACAGCGGUGAAGACAUUGCUCUUCUUGGUGGCGAGUCCGACGAUGAGGAUGAAGAGGACAAGGAGCAAGAUAUCAAGCCAGCAUUCGCCAAAAAGAACUUGAACAGGAAUACCAAUGCAAACGGUGACUCGGCGAAUCAAAAUGAAGGCGGCAAUGCCUAUGAAAAGCUUGCUGGCAUGGAUGAUGACUUGGAGGAAGGCGAGAUUGAUGAAGUAGAUGAUGGAGACGAGAACCCCGAUGAACGGUGGACGCUUCGUAAAUGCUCAGCUGCAGCACUGGACGUUUUUGCCCGGGACUUUCGAAAUCCUGUCUUUGAGGCCAUCUUCCCUUAUCUAUCUCAGAACUUGAAGCACGAAGAGUGGCCACACCGUGAGGCCGCUGUCCUGGCUUUAGGAGCCGUUGCCGAGGGCUGCAUGGAUGUCGUUGUUCCUCAUCUUCCGGAACUUGUGCCGUACUUGAUCUCCCUCUUGGAAGACUCCGAACCUGUUGUCCGGCAAAUCACCUGUUGGACGCUAGGUCGGUAUUCAGAAUGGGCAGCGGAAUUGCCGGAACAGAGCCAGAGAGAGCAAUAUUUCGUGCCGCUCAUGGAUGGUAUCCUUCGCAAGAUGCUCGACAAAAACAAGAAAGUCCAAGCUGCCGGUGCUUCAGCCUUCGCCAACAUUGAAUACAAGGCUGGCUCCCACCUGGAGCCAUAUUGCGGGCCCAUUAUUCAACAGUUUGUUCGAUGUUUUGGCAAAUACAAGGACAAGAACAUGUAUGUCCUCUACGAUUGUGUUCAGACACUUGCCGAGCGUAUUGGAUCAUUGCUCGCCACUCCUGAGCUCAUGAACCAGUUGAUGCCAGCCCUGACAGAAAGGUACAACCUCGUCUCAGACCAAUCUAGAGAAGUUUUCCCACUACUGGAAUGCCUAUCUUAUGUUGCCUUGUCCCUGGGGCCCGAUUUCGCCCCAUAUGCGCCGCCGAUCUUCGUACGAUGCAUCAAUAUCAUUCACAUGAACCUGGAGCAGAGUCUAGCCGCUGCAAGCAAUGGUGCUCUCGACACCCCUGACAAGGACUUCCUGGUAACUAGUCUUGAUCUCCUAAGUGCGAUUAUUCAAGCCCUGGGUGAGGAGAAGUCUACAGAGCUUGUCAAGACAUCCCCUCAGCCGUUCUUCGAGCUACUUACAUUCUGCAUGGAGGACCCGGCCGACGAGGUCCGACAAUCUGCAUAUGCUCUGUUGGGCGACUGCGCAAAUUACGUGUACCCAUUGAUGCAGCCACACCUGAGGUCUAUUUUACCUAUUGCCAUAAAACAACUAGACUUGGAUUCUAUGCUGGACGAUGAGGUUGGAGAUGGUUUUGGAGCGUACAACAACACCUGUUGGUCUCUCGGCGAGAUUACCAUGCAGCACGGCAAAGGCAUGGCACACUGGGUUCCUGGUCUUCUCAAGCACCUUGUUGAGAUCAUGUGCAACGCUCGCGUUCCAAAGAGCCUCGCUGAGAAUGCCGCUAUUGCUCUGGGUCGGCUUGGCAUAGAAAAUUCGGAGCUGUUAGGCCCGGCUCUCCCAACGUUUGCCGAGGAUUUCUUAAGCCUAAUGAAGAAGAUCGAACCAACUGAUGAAAAAGCUUCUGCUUUUAAGGGUUUUUCUAUGAUUGUGGGUCAAAAUCCGCAAGCUAUGGAAAAGGUGUUGUUGGAUUACUUUGUGGCAGUUGCGCAGUAUGAGGACUCGGAAUUGCAGAAUCCAUUGAAGCAGGAACUUCACGAUGUCAUUCAGCAUGUAAGUAUAUAUCGAUCAGCACCGGCGGUGACCCGAUCCAUGUGA